AUGAGACUCUUGAUCCUGGCUUUUGCCCAUUUUGUUGGCGCGUCAACAGUUCUUCAACUCAAUAGCACAACUUAUUACUCUCCCGACUCCCCAGCAGGGUCUGUUCGCAUCGAAAAAUCAUCUCGCCUCGACAAUGUCCUGCCCGUGACCUAUAUCAACGAAUUCCCUUCAUCGGUCCAAAGUCUCCAGAAAAAGGUCACUGAGCUUCUGAAUGGCGACGAUGUCAUCUCAAACUCUUUCCUCUCAACACUCAUUCUCCCCGCAAAUGCCCGUGUGUCAGGCGAAAUCAAGCAACAUCUCAAGUCUAUGGGCACCAGCACGUUCGUAUCAACCUCUACUGGCAAGCUGCCGUCUGGGCCAUACUUCCUGCAUCCCUCUGGCCAUCUAUCCCGAGUCUACAGGCUCUACAUUGACUACAACAUGGCCUUUGUCCAGGGUGUGAUUGAAGGCCCAGACGGAGCGUAUCUGUCAUCUACCGCUAGUAUUGGCGAGAGCGUCAACGCAGCCAUUAGCAUACCGGUCCCCUCUCGCCAUUACUAUCCAAAGCCAUCUCCAAAACGGCCUCUCUCGGGACUACGACUAGGAGUCAAGGAUAUCUUCAAUCUCAAGGGCAUCAAGACAGGCGCUGGCUCUCGAGCCUACUUCGAUCUCUACCCAUCCGCGGAUGAGACAGCGUCGUCCCUCCAGCGUCUCAUUGACCUUGGGGCCGUCGUCGUCGGAAAACUCAAAACAGCCCAGUUUGCUGCUGGCGAGGUGCCCACAGCAAACUACGUGGACCAACUUGCUCCUUUCAACCCCAGAGGUGAUGGAUAUCAAAGCCCUUCUUCUUCAUCAUGUGGCACAGGCGCAGCAUUGGCUUCGUAUGACUGGCUAGACCUUGGUACGGGGACCGAUACCACUGGCUCCAUCCGAGGGCCGUCAAUGGCGAAUGGACUGUUUGGUCUCAGAGUCACCAAUGCAAGCCUACCACUUGAUGGAAUCCUGCCUGUUUCCAGUAAGAUGGAUACACCUGGAUUGAUUGCUAGAGAUGCAAAGUUGCUGCGGACGGCCUAUGAGAACUGGUUCAAAGCCAAAUCCAGCUACAAAUCGUUUCCAAAGCGCAUCGUACUGCCUGAAGAAUCCUGGUCAUCAUCUAACAUGACAUCCAUGCCCAUCUUUAACAAGUUCAUCAAAGAUCUCUCCACCCUUCUCGGCGCCAAAGUCGAACGCGUCGACACGAACAAGUCAUUCAUCCAACACACAGGCAACAAAGAAGGAAUCUCUGCCUAUAUCAGUGGCUACCCUCUGGUUCUAAUCAGGGAUCAAUGGCGGGCCCUUGGUGAGCCUUUCAUCGCUGAUUACCAAGAGAGAUUCGGAAGGUUCCCCUUUGUUAACCCUGUUCCACGCACUGGCCUCGCCCUUGCCGCUCAAAUCGAUGCAAGCAGCUACGACAAAGCAGCUCACCACCUCGAAAUCUACAAAGAAUGGUACACUUCGCAGCUAGUACCGACUUGCGAGGACACCUUGGUCAUUUACCCCCUUGGUACUGGAGCUGAGCUAUACCGGGAUGAGUCGCUCAACACUUCUCCCCCUACGUUUCUGCCACCGGAAGCACACACGCUGCAGGCCGCAGCAGCUGGUCUACCAGAUUAUGCGGUGCCUAUUGGUGUUCGAACGUUCAACUCGAGUGUGAGCAUGCGACAGGAAGAGCUUCCGGUGAGCGUUGGCAUUAUUGGAGGUGCUGGGUGUGAUCAGAUGCUGCUCGAUUUGAUUGUCAAGCUGGGGGAUGAGUUGGAUGGGUUUCACCCUGUAGUUAAAAUUGGAAGAACCAUGUGGUGA